AUGAUCUUGGGAGAUGUAAAUUUUGUUUUAAGUAGUUCUGAGCGUGUCAGGUCAAAGGGGAAAGACCAAUUUCUCCCUUACAUCACAGAGCUAAUUAAGAGUCAUGCUUUGAUUGACAUGCCCAUUAAAGGGAACAACCUGACAUGGGAUAACCAUAGCGAGGGGCCUAAACAUAUUAAAUUGGCCCUCAAUAAAGCAGUGGUAAAUGAGGAGUGGUUACCCAUUUUCCCUAAAGUUGUGAUUCAAUCGCUCCAUACUUGCAAUUCAGACCACAUGCCCAUCUACAUUCGUACAGAAGAUCCUCAGGCUUAUUUGAAUCGACCGUUUCAAUUCGAGGCUUGGUGGACUAGGGACCCUCGGAGCACACUGGUGGUUGACCAUGCCUGGAAUUCCUUAUCUCAUGCUUGGGUGCCUGCUAGAGUUUUUAAGAAGGUUAGGGCUACUCGUCUAGUAGUUAGCAAAUGGAAUAGAGAGCAAUUUGGUAAGCUGGAUACUUGUAUCCAACAGUUGGAACACCAACUGAGGGAUAUUCAGAAAUUACAGACUGGAUCGAGAGUUUGGGCCAAGGAGGUAGGGCCCUGA